GGAAUACGAUUACGAGUAGUUUCAUCUUUUCUGGGGACUCUUUUUCAUAUGGCAAGAUUGAUUUAUGCUAUGUCUCAGCACACAAGUAUAGGCAAUUGCAACUACUUGCUUUCUGAAGGUUCAAUACAUGAAGAUAAGAUAUCAUUUCGAUCUGUGGUAGAAGGGGUUUCGGAAAAGAAGAAGCUAUUUUCUCAAGUUAUUUUUGUCAAUCACUGUGUCUAAUGCCAUCCAAGAUGAAGAAUCCUCUUCUUUCUUGAGAUGCAGAUGUCAGUUCGAAAAUAUAUAAUAAUUAUCAGAAUGCAGGCACAGGCUAUGUGGAGGACGAGGAAGUCGUUUGCUUUCGAGCUUGAAUGUCCUGCUCGGGCACCACCGAGCAUACUGACGGGUUUUUGACUGGCUUUGUUCCGUCCCGUAUAUCCUGCUCAUACUAACUUGCCUGCCCUAUUUAAUUAAAUGGAUAGGAGCCAGCUGUACUACCUGUAGUACGCAUAGUACUGGGUGCGCUGAGGAACGCUCCAUCUUCCUCCAGAAGAUACUGCUAGAGGUCGUACAACGUCAACGCUGUCAACACUACACGCUGGACAACGCGCACCCACCGCGGUGGAAGAAUUGAAUAUCACGAGGAUAGUUACGCACGACCACGUCUUCAUCGCAAGUAGUCGAGGGAAGGCGUGGAACUACAGGAGCUUCUGCAAUCUGGCGGCUUUAGCUUAACAACGAACGCAGCGAACUCGCCCACGUCCACUUGGUGCACAAGAAUACGACGAAAACCACUAAGACUUACUUGUCUUUCACCGAGACCGAGUAGUCCCCUCACGCUUCGGCUGACUAAUCAAACAAGAUGACGCGUUCAGGGGAUGCUUUGGCGUUUGAGAAGGCGUGGCGCGAGGCCGCUGCCUGGGCCAGGCAGCACAACGAGGCACGAGUAGUGAUCGAAGUCCAAUGUCAGAAACUACGGACAAGGCUGGAGGAGAGCGAACGACUGCGAAGUCUAGAGACGCAAAGGCUGGCCGCACAGAUUGAGAAGAUGAUUAUGUUGCGAAGAAAACAAAUCUUUUGUUUUCGAUCUCCUUGAUGUAUCCUUUUAUUUUCCAAAAAAUCCCAUCUAGUCUAGCGUCGUAGGAGCUCAUCAUGAUCACCAUUUAGAAGGAUUGCAGAAGCACUACAAACGUCGACUUCUACUUGACUUCUUAUUUGCUCAACAUCUAAUUCAAGACUAGAUACUCACAAGGAGAGGGAGCGCAUUGAGAAGCUGGAGACUGAAUUCUCGUUGGCAUUUGAAGACGAGGUGCAGCGAUUACGGAGUAAGCACGAAUCAGAAACGACUAAAGAGGCGAUUGUAGUGGUAUAAAGAAGAAGAACCUCCUUGUUAAACUUGAAAACGAUAAUCGACUAUGAUCAUGAAGAAGCUUCAUGGAUGAAGUAGAAGAUUGCAACGUCCUUAUAACUAUGAAUUUAAGGCUUCUUCUUCCAAUCUAUCGUUCCAAUCAACAUGGAUCUCUCUGUCUACUUCCACGAAUCAGAAUCGCCUCGCCUCCUCCACUCUUCUUCCCGCCUCUGAUUCAGGUUGAGCGUCUGAAGAAAGAUUUGGCAAAAUCAGAACGCGAAAAGGCUGAUUUGAUGUCAAAACUAGCGCAGAUGGAGAAGACAGCUAAAGCACGAGACCGAAAAAAGACUAUCAUAUCCGCUUAUUCAGUGAUGGACCCUAGAAGCAGCUCAUCCUCCUCCGACGCAGCGAAUUCGGAUAACAUAAUGUAGUUCUACUUUUAUCUCGUCCUGCUCUGUACUGCAGAAACAGAAUAAAGCUUGAUGCUACUUUUCGCGCUAGUCGGCAAUAGAUGCGAAAUGAAAAGAAAAAAAGCGGCGCUGCCCCUGCCGCUCCAUCGUGUUUCGCUGCUAAGACUCGAGCCGAGGGCCAGCAUUGGCGCGCAGGGUGGGCGCACUAGCCCAAACGGCAGGCAGGCGCAUGGAGUCGGGCUCUGUGAUAUCAUUCGGGAGCGGCCCGGGAAUCUUUGACAAAGACCCAAGGCCCCAAGGAGGAAGGCGUCCCGCAGUAAUGACAUAGCGCGGCCGAACCCUUGCGCAAUAUGGAUGCGGACGAGAGCGCCCCGGGCGUCUCACUCCAGGCGCAUUGCCUCGCCAAAAUACCCCGCCGCUUCGGGCUUGGUGGCAUGGGUCGGCCCAGGGGCACGCGCUGGCGGACUGCAGUGCUGCGGAGUCUGAUGACUGAGACCGAGGGCGAGGCGGGGCGCCUCCUGCGGCGUCGGCUGCGUUGCCGCGCAUACGUGGCGACCUUGGUAAGGAACGCCUGCCAUUUUAACAACCAGGCAGCGGGGGAGCGCGCUUGGCUGAAGAGCCGCGGGAGGCGGGCAACAAGCUGAGGCGCCUGGGUUCAUCUGCGUUCUCGAGGGCUCAUAAAACUGCUAGAAGUAAGGGGGGCAUCGGUAGGGCCGAGGACAUGGGCGGCGCGUUUUCCAAUAGUUUCCGGCUUUUCUCAUCGUGGGGCAGCUCGUCUUGCUCUCAUGCUUUGGCUUAGAGGGUGAAGGACAAAGAAAAGCGGGAAGCUGGCAGGCGGCCACCAGCGCAGGCAUGUGCUUUGGCGGGCUCGGCUUCGAGUCGACAGCCAGCGACACGCCCGCCCGCGUGGUCUUCCGACGGACGGCGUGACUUCUUCACGCUGGAGACGCAGGGCGGCACUCGCUCCUUGCCUUGCCCUCCUUUUGCGUGGCAGCCUGGGCGGACUGACUGUCUGACGGAACCAACAGGCGGCUGCCCCCAGCACUUCCGUGCUUCUGUGUCGCCUACCUUUCGUCUCCAGCGUCUCCAACAACUUGCCAGCGCGGGCCCACGGGCUCCAACGUGGACUGUGCUCGGUGCUAUCACGUGGCGAAGGUGGUCCACCGCGUUCACGGUGGCGGCAGCAGCCAGCUUGGACGCAAGAGGAGGGCCGCAGGCUGCUGCACUCGGUCGCCAUGUAUUCGGUCGCCAUGCGGGUGAUCGGUUCCCGCAGCGGGGUGGGUGACAGACUGCCUGGCCCCCGCUGCGGCGCGCGGUCUGUCUUUCGCUCUGCGGUGAGCAGACAGAGGCAGGAACUGAACGCGCGGCCGAGCUGUCUGCGCGGGCACUUGUGCAACAAAUGGGCCGGAGGCUGACAACCCAACGGGCAGUGCGCCGCCUGGUGGUGGGGCAUGCAGAUGCGGACGUCGCGCGGCGAGGUCGCCAAAUUGGCCUGCCAGGACGGAGCGAGCAGCGAGGCCACCCGUUACCGCUGAGGGAGGGCGGAGGCCAUGCUCGCUCCUUGUCGUCUUUACAUAGCGGGAGCGCCUGGGGGAAACAACGGACCUCCUUCCCGCCCAGGGGGCCUCCUUUUACUUCGCAAAACUCGGGCACGUGCGACUCGUUCCCAAAAAGUUGGCUGAGGCGCUCGGCUGAAGGCUGCGCGGGGCGGUGUGCCGGGCUUCGCGGUCCCUGUCGGCUGGCACAGACUGCAGACGCACGGCAGCGCCGCCGUGCCCGCAGGCAGAGGCGAGCGGCAGAGGCGGCGGCGCCCUUUGCUAAAGCGCUGGCGACUCCAUCGUGAAGUAAAAAAUACCGGCGCGCCCAUCAUCUGCGGCCGCGGCUCGCUCAUCUGGUGGCCACUGGUCACUUGUAACCGGCUUCAGCGUUAUUUUCUAGCUAGCUAGCUAGCCUUUCACCUUUCUUAGGGCAUGGCUGAGUUUACGGUCUAUCCAUAGAGGAACCCUAACUUCUUUCCUCAUGAUCAUCGCACAUUAUUUGCACUAGGUAGUAGAUGGACAUCAACACGGUCAAGCGCUGAUGUUGAAGACUGCUCAUUUUGAAUUAUUCAUGAGGACCACUGCAAAAGUUUCAACAUCUCGUCCACCUUUAAUUCUCCACCUCAAUCUUCUUUCUCCUUCAGAUGGUCCAUUUUCGUUUGGGAUUUAGCGGCGAUUUUGUCUCUGCUAGUAGUGAUCUUGGCGCUCAUAUACGGUGGAAUGACGGAGACUCGGGUGCCAUUCUUCUCCUAUCAUGCGCCGGACUACGAUUAUGCCCAGUGGACCCCGCAAUCACUACAUAUGAUGUCAUAGAAGAAGCUAUGGGAGACUAUUAGGUAGGUGAUGUCAUAAAUGAAGUUGUCUCGCAGCACUGCAUUGUCGUGAAGAUAGGCAGCUACUGAUGCCAGCGCGGUUGUAUCCUAGCACCGCAAGGUUAUUGUAAAAGAAAGUUCAAUCACGACAUUAAACUUCAUCCAAGUCAUUUUUGAUGUCGUAACUGACCACGAAGACACUGCGAGUCAGUUCCAUACAAACACAUCUCUGUCAUGACACGACCAGUCAUGUUAAGUAUUUAGGACUAUCAAAUAAAAGAUUGAAAUUGAUAACUACUUUGUUCUCCCUCGUCCUCGGCGAAGAUUUUACCUUAUUUACCAGGUCAAACACAUCAAUCCUUCACUUUUUACAACUACUCCUGGCACCUCACAUCAUUGAUGAUGACACUCACAAGAGCUUACUUACGACGUUACACCAACUCUUCUUUUUUACACUCAAGAAGUUGGACGGCUCGUCACGAAAAAAUCGAAGAUGAUUUGACAUGAAUUGUCCAGAAGAAAAAAAGGAAAAGAUGGAUGCACGACCUUGAAGAGCAAGUUUGAAGUAUCAGCAUUCUGAUGUC